UGAGACGUUGAAGGACCCCGGUUCAGCCGUCAGUCGGUGGGCAGCUCACAAAUUUGAGCAAAGUUUCGGACCGCGGAGGUUCGGCGCGGCUGGCAGACGCUCCUCUGUCAGGACCCCGUUCGGCUGAGGCGUCCUCGGUCACAACGUUCAUGACGGUUGCUGACGGAGGCACUUUGGCGCUCAUCAUGCCUGUCCGAGCGGAGUGCUGCACUACCACCGGCUCGGCCUGCCCAUCCUCGGCCUCGCUUGUUCCCCCUGCCCCGAUCAACACCUACCAGCCCGGGGUAGCCACCUCGCUGCUGUACAGCGGCUCGCAGUUUCGGGGCUACCAGAAGAGCAAAGGCAACUCCUACGACGUGGAGGUUGUUCUGCAGCAUGUCACUGUGGAGGACUCAUAUUUGUGUGGUUACCUGAAGAUCAAAGGCCUGACUGAGGAGUAUCCCACUCUAACAACAUUCUUUGCUGGUGAAAUUAUCAGCCGAAAGAGGCCUUUUUUAACGAGGAAGUGGGACGCAGAUGAGGAUGUGGACAGAAAGCACUGGGGCAAGUUCCAGGCUUUUUACAAGUACGGCAAGAACUUCAACUCUGAUGACUUUGACUAUGAUGCGCUGGAGAAAAGUGACUAUAUCUUCAUGAGGUGGAAGGAGCAGUUUCUAGUUCCAGACCACACGAUCAAAGACAUCAGCGGAGCCUCGUUUGCAGGCUUCUACUACAUCUGCUUCCAGAAGUCCACCGCCACUAUAGAGGGCUACUAUUACCACAGGAGCUCAGAGUGGUACCAGUCUCUGAGCCUAAACCAUAUUCGUGAGCACAGUAUGCCUAUUUAUGAAUUUCGAUGACGCAACAGCACAGGAAGUGAUGUAAGGGACAGUUCACGCUGCCCUGUGCUUUAAUAGGAUGGGAGCCCUUUAAUGCCAGGAAUGGAGGCGACCAGUUUUCCUCACAUCGGGGGAAAUGAAAAGUGGUCAGGAACUGUUGUGCUGGACUGAAAGGAAAGAAGGCACUGAUGAAGGAGAAGAAUGAGGAAGAUCAGUGAGACACGAACCAUUCUCACGGUUUCUGCAGAGCUGAUGUUUGAUUGAAAUUUUAAUUUGUCCCUUUUUUUUUUGGCCUGUUUUUAUUUACUUUUGUCUGUUUUGCUACCUGAUUUCUGUGCACUCUCAGAAUCUCCACGUCUCCUCAUUAACUUCUUUUUUCCGUCACUGGAGACACUUAACACGAUUGCCUUUCAGUUAAGAGUUGCGAAGCAAAAGAGCGUUGGAGAGAAUUCUGUUCAGAAAAGCUUAAUUUUUUUGUCUUAUUGUAGUUAUACAAUAUAUUUUGGCGCCCGUCGCGAUUAGUGGUGAGUUUAUUGCCAAAAGGUUGGAGCAGGAGUCUACGUUUUAUGCAGGAUUGUGUGUAUAUGGUGGUUAUUUGAGCAGGGAUGGUGUGUUGAGGCAAUUUAGCAACAGAAACCCAACAGCUAAAGGUGACACAGGUGAAGCUUUUUUCAGAAAUCCUCUGAAAAGUCCAGUCAGACGGCUUCACGUCAGAUUUAGUCUAUGCAAGCCAAAGAUCACUAACAGGUAGAAUUCCUUCCAGUCCACCUGAGCUUUUUACUUUCAGGUGGUUAAUUAUUUAUUUAUUUUCAAUCAGGAGCAGGGGGAAAAAAAAGGCAAAUUGACCAGCAGUUGAAGCACAGAUAUGUUUGAAAAUUUCUUUCGUGUAAAAAACAUAGUUUGUCAAACUAGCAGAGAAGAGACUGGAGUGGAAAAGUCGAGAUGUGAUGCAACAGAAGCAAUGCAGUGUUCUGAAUGUGUGAACCUUUAUACAGUCUGUAGUUUUAUGUUUUUUUUUCAGCGUUUGUUUCCCAGCAGCACGAUUUAACACUUAGAGCUUCGUGUAAAGUGUUGCUUCCCUGGUGGAGAAUGUUCGGUUUGACUCGUGUUGCAUGACAAGGUGAUGGAGAAAGAAUGAAACCUCCUCUGACACUUUAGGAAAAACCUGCUGCCUUACAAUAUGGAAUGUUUGUAAAGCUGUUUUUUUUUUUUUUUUUUUAAAGAAGACAUGAUUAGGUUAGCUUUGUCUUAUUUUAAAGGAAUCCGACUUAGAUUUCUGUGAGAGAAAUUGUAAAAAGCGAGAGAUUUUCAUCGACUUCGUAGGAUUUUCCGACUAGGGUUGAUGUAAAAGUAACCUGCAGGAGCGUGCAUGUCCUCCCUCUGCCUGUCUGCUGCUUCUAGACGUUCAGCCAACUGGAUUCCAACGGUCGCUGUGGAAAUACAGUUGGUGCUGUAAUCUUUUACCCAAGCAAGUGGGUUGCAGACGCUACAAUCCUUCCAAAUCACUUUCUUUCUUUCUUUUUUUAUUAUUAAUCAUGUAACAGAAAACGGCCAAAUGUGCAAUGUAAGCAGAGAAACGUUUAUUUGGGAGUUGAGUCUUGAGUGAGGAAAUCUGACUUGAAGAGGUCAGUCUAAGGAAGAUGAUGUAUUAUAAUUCUGCUAUGAGGAAAUAAAGAGAAAUAUUUAAUACAA